AUGUUCCGAAAGCUCAACGUGUUGGUGGGUGAUGGGGUGGUGGGUGAUGGGGUGGUGGGUGAUGGGGUGGUGGGUGAUGGGGUGGUGGGUGAUGGGGUGGUGGGUGAUGGGGUGGUGGGUGAUGGGGUGGUGGGUGAUGGGGUGGUGGGUGAUGGGGUGGUGGGUGAUGGGGUGGUGGGUGAUGGGGUGGUGGGUGAUGGGGUGGUGGGUGAUGGGGUGGUGGGUGAUGGGGUGGUGGGUGAUGGGGUGGUGGGUGAUGGGGUGGUGGGUGAUGGGGUGGUGGGUGAUGGGGUGGUGUUGCGGUGGUGGGGUGGUGGGGUAGCUAGCGUGUCGGUGGGGUCAUGGCUGAUCAGUACUCUUCUCUCCUCUCUCACGCCUUCUUUACACAAAGUGAGACACCACUCGUCCUUUUCUGUCUGUGCAUGCUCCAAUCCCACAUGUCUUCAUUCUGCUGCCUUUUCGUGGACGCCCCUCCCACAUCCCACACCACUUGUUCACGGUGGCGUUCAGACGAUGCGCUGUGGAAGGAUGAAGAUGCAGUGA